AUAUAUAGAGAAAAUGAGACAAGAACGACUGGUGGCGCAGCGUGGCGCGUUUAUAGCGAUAUGUUCGAAGAAUCACACUCUUUCACUCGAGGUUGUUUUGAUUCAUCAGUUUUACUUGUUGCACGCGAUUGAACGCGUUUGAUUCUAACGCCGGAAAGUACAUCACCAGGUUUCAAGAAUGUCCGACACUGACGACGAUUCAUUUCCAGAGCUAAGCCAAAGUAGCUCUACUGACUCAAUUGAUUCUCAUGUCAGAAGAGGGGUAAUGAAAAACAUUCAAAGUGUUGACAUUUGGAAGAUUCACAAAUAUAGUCGUUAUCAAGAUGCAUGCACGAGUAUCGAGUCACCAAGAUUUUCGUCGCAUAAGGCUCGUCUGGUACUAUAUCCAAAGGGCAUUUCGGAAGAAGAAACGGUUUACGUGGGAUUAUCUCUUGUUAGUUUAUCAAACAACACCAAAAUUCAAUAUCGAUUUGCCAUCAUUGACAAAAAUGAAAAAGCAGUCAACAUUGUGCAGGGUGAACACUAUUUUCAUAAAGCCUGGAAUUCAGAGUGCACCAUAUCACAUUUUAUUAGUAAAACAAAUCUGAUGGUAGGCCAAAAAGAAAAUCUACUUGUUGAUGAUAUUCUUACGAUAGCAUGUGAACUGAACUGCAGCAACGAUUACAAUUUGGAUUGUCAGAAUUAUGUCCAUACAUCAGCAUUAGCAAAUGAUCUUAGAACGCUUUAUGAUAAUCAGGAUUUUAGCGACAUCAAACUUGUAGCUAGAGGAAAAGUCUUUCAUGCACAUAAAAACAUUCUAGCUUCACGAAGUUCUGUGUUUGCAGCAAUGUUUAGGCACAAAAUGAAAGAAAAUGUGGAGAACAUUGUACCAAUAAAGGAUGUAGGAACCAAAGUAUUGAAGGAAAUGUUGCAUUACAUGUAUACUGGUAGUGUAAGAGACAUGAAAAUGUCUACAGCACAAGAUUUACUGAUAGUAGCUGAGAAGUAUGAUAUUCUAGGAUUGAAGAAGAUCUGUGGAACAAUUUUGGAGAAGAAGCUUACAGUUAAUAAUGCCAUCGACAUACUUAUCCUUGCAGAUUCUCAUAAUGCUAUGGAUUUGAAGAAAAAUACAGUUGAUUUUCUCACCAAAAACAUCAAAGCAGUAAUGGGAACAAAAUCAUUCAAAACUGCCCUGAAUUCUCAUUUGACUUUAGUUAUUAAUACAAUUGAAAAAAUCAUUAAUGUAAGAGUUAAAUAAUUUGAUUAGACAAGACUGUUUGAAAUAUUUUAAUUUUUAAAUAACUUUCAUAUGUAAUAUCAUUAAUAAAAGUGAAUAAAGCAAUUCUUCAGGAAA